GGUUGGUCUGGCAACGCUCUGAAACAGCUGUGCAAUUUGUUGACGUUUUACUUUCUGCCAAUUGCAAUUGUUUGUGCAAUCAACAUCAAAUAAUGGACUUGAUAUUACUAGUAGGCAUUGCUACGGCACUUUUAAUUGUGCUGCUCACACUGUACUUCCUGCAAAGCAGAAAUUCCAAGACAGAUGAAACGAAACCAGCUGCGCAGCCACAACGUGGCGUACCUCAGAGAGCUCAGGAAGGUGUACCUCGACGUGCGCAAAUUGCGCGUAAUCAACGCAAUCGUCUACGUCAAAACCCAAAUGCACCAGCGGCUGCAGCUCCAGUUGGAGCAGCCGCUGAUUCAGAUGAGGAUGAUGCAGCAGCAGCUGGAGAUGAGAAUGCGCCACACGCUACAGCGGUUCUAGAUGAAAAGAUGGGCGCCAAGAAGCGUGCGAAAAUGGAAGCUAAGGAACAAAAGCGUAUGCAGCGUGAGCAAGAGCUGCAUGAGCGUGAGAAACGCAAAGAAAAGGAUGCAAAGGAAGAAGCCGAGCGUAAGCAACAAGAAGAGCUUGAAGCCGAUGCGGAGCGCAAGAAAACUGAAGCUGAGCGUUUAGCUAAGGAAGAGCGAGAGCGCAAGGAGCAUGAAGAGUAUCUGAAAAUGAAGGCUGCAUUUAGCAUUGAAGAAGAAGGUUUUGAAGAGGGGGAUGCGGAUGAAAAGGAAAACCUGCUAGCCGAAUUCAUACAGUAUAUCAAGGACAAUAAGGUCGUCCUACUGGAGGAUCUGGCCACAGCAUUUAAAUUAAAAACGCAACAAGCGAUUGAACGCAUUCAGGAGCUGCAAGCCGAUGGCACAUUGACUGGUGUCAUUGACGAUCGUGGCAAAUUUAUAUACAUUUCCGAAGCGGAACUACUCGCUGUGUCGAAGUUCAUCAAGCAGCGUGGUCGUGUGUCCAUCGUGGAACUGGCAGAGAGUAGCAACAAACUGAUAAACUUAACACCCGUUACAGCUGCCGAGGGCAGCGCCUAAUUAGAUCUUUUAGCCAUAUGUGAAAAUACAAAUUAAGUGGGAGAUUGUUAAUAUAUAAAAUUGAGUAAUAAAUGAAAUUGUUCUUAGUAA